AUGACAGAGAUUAUUGUGGUAGAAGAUGAACAUAUCAGCACAGCCGAAGUGCAACUUAAACAUCGUAAUGUGCAUCUAGAUGGUAUACCACCAUCUGAUACCUUGGCAGAUCUAUCAGACAAUCGUAACCUUCAAAGGCCACGAAGAACACCUCUGCCCAAAAUUCAACUGUCUAUCCUUUUGUUUAUCCAGCUAGCGGAACCAGUUACAUGUACCGUCAUAUACCCGUUCGUAAACCAGCUCGUUCGCCAAACAGGUAUCACAGGAGGAGACGAACGCAAAACUGGCUACUUUGCAGGCCUGAUAGAAUCUUUGUUCUAUGCGACUGAAGCCGCAACUGUGUUACAAUGGGGUCGUAUCUCUGAUCGCGUUGGUAGAAGGCCCAUCCUUCUCGUGGGUCUCUUUGGUCUGAUGCUCUCGACCUUGUCAUUUGGUGUAUCCAAAAGCUACUGGCAACUCAUUCUCAGCCGUUGUGCCGAAGGGGCAUUGAAUGGAAAUGUCGGGGUAACGAAAAGUAUGAUGGCUGAGAUCACUGAUCCAUCGAACUUGGCACAAGGAUUCGCAUUUCUGCCUAUGGUCUGGGCAACUGGUCAAACUCUCGGCCCUAUUGUUGGCGGAAUGCUAUCAUUACCUGCCUCAAGAUGGCCGGAGGCAUUCGCUCGUGUCCCUUUCUUCACAAAGUAUCCAUAUUUCUUGCCUUGUUUAGUAGUUGCCUGUGUUUGUGCAGCUGCUUUCUUAUUGGUUUUGGUCGGCCUUGAAGAGACUUUACCUCGAGCUAUGAUUCGCCAGAAGCGCAAUCAUGACUCUCAAGGCACAGUUGCGAAAGACCUUGUGGAAAAUAAUUCUCAGUAUUUCCCACCCACAUCUGAAGCAAGAACAGGAUUUCCCGAUUCUACUUUGCCACCCAACGAAAUCGUAGCAGACCAUUCUGGAUUUACAGAAAAAAAGGGGUGUUUUGUCACUGGAGCACCCACUAACAGAACCGCAGACAGCCACAGCCCUCCAUCUCUCCGUAGUCUUCUCAACCGUCGUGUACUCGUGCCGAUUAUGAACUACGCAUUUCUUGCCUUUAUUGACCAGUGCAUGACGGUCCUGCAGCCCCUGAUGUACUCAACGUCUAUACCUCUUGGUGGAUUAUCCUUCAGCAGCUUCACUAUUGGUGCCGUCAUGGGUGUGUGGGGCGUCAUCAAUGGUUUCGUUCAGAUCUUUGCCUUUCCUGUCCUUCUCAGGAUUGUUGGACCGCGGAAAAUGUAUAUGACAGCAUUUGCGAGCUAUCUCGUUUGCAUAGGAGCAUACCCAUUGAUGAGCUUUCUGGCAAAACAGGCCGGAAGGGUGGACGCCAAGGUUUGGAUUGUCUUAGUCGUUCAGCUUUCUGCCUACGUUAUAGCGUACUUAGCAUAUGGAUGCGUAUUCAUUUACAUCAGCCAGAGUGCACCGAGUAGAGAAGCACUCGGUGCCACGAAUGGUAUAGCGCAAACAACGGCGUCGACGAUGCGUGCACUUGCCCCAUCCACUGCUUCAUCCUUGUUUUCUCUCUCCCUUGAGCAAAACCUCGCUGGUGGGACGGCGGUGUACUGGAUUUUGUGGGCCGUUAUCAUCGUUGGCUUGUGCUCUGCUACGCAGCUGCCUCCAAGGCUACUAGCAGAAGAGUCUACAGAAUCUAUUCAGCGAACUGGAGACACCGUCGACAACCCAUGACAAGAUACAGACCCGUGAUACGUUCGACGCUGUACACUAAUAAAAAAAGUACUCCAGAAAUAAACCACGUUCCUUACAACAUGGAGAUCAGACGCGUGUGACAUGGAACAGAUGGCUGGCCUUCGCAAUUCACAAGAUUCUUUGAUUCGAGUUUCAUUCGCGAGAACAAAACUUAAUCUUCUCGUCAAAGUCACCGCCGUUUCAGAAAUGGGCUCGGUUAUAUGACGUCACAGUUCUUCACACUCUUUGGAAUGGGACUGCGGAGAAGGACGAGAAUAGUGCUAGUGAGUACGGUAC